CGCGGCCGUGGGGAAGGAGGGGGAGGCGGAGAGGAAACAAAAACAAUCGCCCGGGCGCCGCCAUCUUGGGCCGGUUCUCCACACGCCACACGGGUGAAUGGGUAGAUAUGAGAUUACCACGGGGGAGCAGCGGCAGCAGGGCACCGAGGGUUGUUCCGCGCUGCCAGCGACACUCGGCGGGCUCUAGGCACGGCCGCCGCCGCCCGGAGAGAGUCCCCCGGCUCGGCCUUUUCGCCUCGCCAGCCCCUAAGCUGCACUGCUGGAGGGACAAAGUUGGGCUGAGCCGCGCUGCCUCCGCCGCCCGGGAGACCGGAGAGUUGAGCCGGGGUCAGAGUUAGGGGAGAGGGUGACGAGGGGAUCGCUUCCCGCUCCGCCGUGUGGGAGGCGCGGGGACAAGGCUCUGCCUCCCCGCCCCUGCCGUCUCCUGCUGCUCGCUCCUAGGAGGAAAAGAAAAAAGAGGAAAAAAAAAAAAAAAAAGAAGAAGGGAAGAACUGGAUCGAGCUCGGAGGGGUGGAUUUUGUGGAGUCUCCGCGUGAGCAGCGGCGGGGCGGCGAGGAGGAGAUGUGUCCGUGAGGAGGGAGAGGAGCGUGGAUCCAUCCAGGAGCCGUGAGGAGCGAGAGGAGCCCGGAUCCAUCCACCCUGUGAGGCACAGCCGCCUCCCUUCCAAAGAAGCCCGGUUCUCCUGGAAGCACGGCACUCUGCAAGGAUUUGCCACAAAGAAUAUACCACCCUCCUCCCCAGCGCCUGGAUACUGCAUUUUUUUAAAAUUUUUUUUUUUUUUGGACCCCCUCCCCAGCCACUCUUGUGUGUUUAAAUACCAAAUAUAGCCUCUUGCGGGGGGAGGGGAUGGAAAUCUCCUAGAAGAAUCGGAAAUCUUGCUGGGAUUCGGGAGUGCUGGUGCUGGAGAAGGGCGGCGAAGACGGGGGGAUGCACUGCUCUCGCUGCCUGGCCAAGGACUAGAGAUUUACCACUUCCCGGGAAGGUUUGUUUGUUCCCAGACUGUUGUUUCCCCGCUUUCCCUCUCCUGGGCUACGCUAAAUCCCUCAGCAUUUAUUAAAGAAAACCCACGUGUAGCCGGUGGCUGGUUUUUAAGGUAGUUUUUCAUCGACAAACUGACAAAAACUCGCUCUCUUCGCGCCGAGGUUUGGAACUGGAAUGGAGCUGCUUUUCUCCCGAACACUACGCGGGGUGUGAAGGGGGACAACAUCGCCUUGGACUGAUCGCGAUCCGAGCCCCGACACUCGCACCCACGAGGGAUCGUCCUGCACGGCGCCUGAUGUGGAAAACACUCGGAGACUCAGAGACUUCGUCGUGCUCAGCAGCUUAAUCGUUGACUUACUUUGUUUUGGUUUUUUAUUUUUUUUUAAGUGGAUUCGUAGCAUUACUUUUAUGAAUUGAAUUUUGCCACCGUUUGUACAGAAGCCAAAUGACACGUGUGUUUUGAGACACGGUUCCAAAUAUAUUUAUCCCUCCCUCAACCUGGAUUCUCUCUAGAAAGAGCCGCGGGGAGGUCGUCAGUGUCUAAACAAACCUGAUUUUUAGUGUUUUAUGAACACUACGUGCUGCAGAAAUGUUGCUAUAAAUUGCUUUAUAACGGUUCAGCAAGAAGGAAGAUUUUCCCAGCUUGCAGGACCCAGAAAACUGGAUACUUAAAGUCACUUAAAUGUUUUAACAGCGUUGGAAAAUGGGAGCUGCUACUAAGUUGGCGUUCGCUGUUUUUCUUAUCUCUUGUUCAUCAGGUGCCAUCCUGGGCAGAUCAGAAACACAGGAGUGCAUCUUCUACAACGCCAACUGGGAGAAGGACAAAACCAACCGCAGCGGGAUCGAGCCCUGCUACGGUGACAAAGAUAAAAGGCGACACUGCUUUGCUACCUGGAAGAAUAUUUCUGGAUCAAUUGAAAUCGUGAAGCAAGGCUGCUGGCUGGAUGACAUCAAUUGUUAUGACAGGAAUGAUUGCAUAGAGAAGAAGGACAGCCCUGACGUGUUUUUCUGUUGCUGUGAGGGCAACAUGUGCAACGAGCGCUUCUUCUACUUCCCCGAGAUGGAGGUCACGCAGCCAACCUCCAAUCCUGUUACACCGAAGCCACCUCUGUUCAACACCUUGCUCUAUUCCUUGGUGCCUAUCAUGGCAAUCGCAGUGAUCGUGCUCUUCUCCUUCUGGAUGUACAGACACCACAAGCUGGCCUAUCCCCCCGUGCUCGUGCCCACCCAGGACCCGGGGCCUCCCCCACCAUCUCCCUUGAUGGGUCUGAAGCCGCUGCAGCUCCUGGAGAUCAAAGCCAGGGGGAGGUUUGGGUGUGUGUGGAAAGCUCAGCUGCUCAAUGAAUACGUCGCGGUCAAAAUAUUCCCCAUCCAGGACAAGCAGUCGUGGCAGAACGAGUACGAGAUCUACAGCCUGCCCGGGAUGAAGCACGACAACAUCCUGCAGUUCAUCGGCGCCGAGAAGCGCGGCUCCAGCAUCGACGUCGACCUGUGGCUCAUCACUGCCUUCCACGAGAAGGGCUCCCUGACAGAUUUCCUGAAGGCCAACGUGGUGUCGUGGAACGAGCUGUGCCACAUCGCCCAGACCAUGGCCCGGGGCCUGGCCUACCUGCACGAGGACAUCCCGGGGCUCAAGGACGGCCACAAGCCGGCCAUCUCCCACAGGGACAUCAAAAGCAAGAACGUGCUGCUGAAAAACAACCUCACGGCUUGUAUUGCUGAUUUUGGUCUAGCUUUAAAGUUUGAGGCUGGAAAGUCUGCAGGAGACACCCACGGACAGGUGGGCACCCGCAGGUACAUGGCUCCAGAGGUGCUGGAAGGGGCCAUCAACUUCCAGAGGGACGCGUUCCUGAGGAUAGACAUGUAUGCCAUGGGACUGGUGCUCUGGGAGCUCGCCUCGCGCUGCACGGCCGCCGACGGCCCCGUGGAUGAGUACAUGCUGCCCUUCGAGGAGGAGAUCGGCCAGCACCCGUCCCUGGAGGACAUGCAGGAGGUUGUGGUGCACAAAAAGAAGAGGCCUGUCCUAAGGGAGUGUUGGCAGAAACAUUCUGGCAUGGCCAUGCUGUGCGAGACCAUCGAGGAGUGCUGGGAUCACGACGCCGAGGCGCGGCUGUCGGCGGGCUGCGUGGAGGAGAGGAUCAUCCAGAUGCAAAAACUCACUAACAUUAUAACCACAGAGGACAUCGUGACUGUGGUCACAAUGGUGACAAACGUUGACUUUCCUCCCAAAGAAUCCAGUCUAUGAUAGUUGCACUGGUCAUGGAAGUGACCACAGGACUCUUCGCUGGAGCUGCUACAGCGCACGGACUGCAGGCGCCGCCGCUGUUCCGGGUGGCCAGAACGGAUGGUAAGUGUCUCUGGAACGUCACCGAGAGGUGUUUGUCCUUUGUUUUCCCCUCCUCGUCCCCAGCGUGGAUCCAUGAGACUUUCUGCAUUCCCUGCUUACACCUGAAGGACGUGACCGAGAACCCCUCACGUGCUGAUAAGGAACUUACGAUGAAGAAUCCGGACCCGAACGGGCUAAUGAGCAUUUUAAACACUGACAUCUGGUUUCUUAAUCCCUGUCAGAAGACACUAAUUCCUUUAAAUGAACUACUGUUAUUUUUUUUAAAUCAAAAACAUUUCAUUUCAGAUUUAAAAACGACAAAAAAAAAAAGGGUAACUUGUUUUUAUUGCAUUUGUUGUUGUUUAUAAAAUGACUAUUGUAAUGCGACUACGACACAGCUUGUGAAUGUUCCGUGUGCUGCUGUUCCGUGUACAGAAACAAGAGUAAUCAAUGGGAUAGAGCAAAGAGGCUUCCAAGUAUUACUUAACCUCCCUCAACCAGGUAUACCUCAGUUCCACCUCGCUAAAUUAUGAUUGACAACACUAAUUGGAAUAAUAAACCGCUCCGUGUUUUGUAAAUGAUGUAUUCCCAAUUCCCUGUGUUAUUUAAGAAGGGGAAAGCUUCAUGCCCCCAGGAAGUGGCCAUUCCUAGAGCCGUGUUUUUAGCCUUUUCUUGUACUCGCUUGUUGUGUAUAAAAAAGAAAAAGUGCUGUUUAUUGAAAGAAAAUUUUCCCUCCUCUUUUAGUUGAAAGCUUUUCCCUCCAUUUCCCAGAGUAUCUCAUCCAUUUAUUUAACUAAAUACUAUUUAGGUUUGCUGUGUCUGAGGAAUAUUUGAAACCUUAAGCAUGAAUUUUUAUUUUUUUUUUAAUUUUCUCUGAGCUGUGACACUGGAAAGCUCUGAAUUCUUGUUUUCUUUUGAAGAAGAGUCUCUCUCCUAUUUAUGUUUGUGCCGAGGUCGCCGCGCGUUCCCCGUCCCGCCAGGCAGUGGGGGCUGUGUCUCUGUUUCAGGAUCACCUCAGGAAGCUCUGUGCCCCCGUUCCUCACCCUCUGCCGGGAGUUUGCAGCUUCCCCCCACUCCAAGCUCGGUGCCAGAGCAGCAGCUCCAGCCUGGAGACACACACAGAGCUCUGGGCACAGGUCCCACUCCUAAAUGUUACAAAUUUCAGGGAUAACCUAGUUCUGCUCACAACACGCCACGACCGUUCCGAGGUAACGAAAGGAAUUUCCAUGGCCAGAGCACACUCACAAAAAAUGAGGAAAAACGAGGAAAUGGCUUCACAGCUGCAGCACUGGAGUUCAGGGUGCCAAGCCUUAUGCUGGAAUUACAGUCACUGGUAGCUGGGUGCCAAAGUGCUUCUCCCAAAUCCUGUCCCACUGCACUGAUUGGAUCCUUCACACCAAAUUCCCAGGGCAGGAAAUGCUGUAAGCCCCUGGGGCGCAGAGGCAGCAGGGCCCGUGCUGUGCUGUGUGUCCCUGUGUCCGUGUGUCCACACCCUGGAGAGCAGCAGGUGGGAGCUGCUGAGGGCUGGAACCGGCUCUGGGAGCCAUCCCCGGAGCAGUGGGGAUGAGCUGGGUAAAGCAGAGGCAGCUCUGGGCAGGGAGGGAGGAAAGGCUGGUGUUGCACACGGGGCUGAGGCACUGCUGGUGGCGGCUGUGCCCAGGAUCCUGCUCCAAGGGCCCUUGGAAAAGGAGAGAAAUGCAGUUUGUGGGGUCCUCCUGGCCAGACACUUCCCUUUGGCUUCUGUUUUUGCUCCACUUUUGAUUAAACUUCACACAGAGCAGGACAGGACCGGAGUUCUGAACAAAUCCCAACCCCAUCCUUCUCCCCACACCCCUCGGGGCUUUCGGCCCUUCCUGGCAAGAAGGGAGCCCCGGGCUGGUUUCACUCUGUGUGUGGGGAAUGGGAUGGACCCGAGUCCCUCCUGUGUGACCCUUCCCAUGGAGCUGCUGCGGGCUCGGGGCUGCUCCAGCCUUUGGGAAAGCCCUGCUCCGUUCCUGUUCCAGCCCAGCUCCCUGGGCUUUACCAGCCUCAUGUAGCGUCCCUCAGGAAAGGCUGAAUGAUCCCCCCGAGCUGCUGUGCUCCAGCUGUGCCCCAGCUGUGCCCCGGGCCUGGGGGGGAUUCCUGUUCAGAGCUGCUGUGCUCCAGCUGUGCCCCGGGCCUGGGGGAAUUCCCGGUUCCUUCAGAGCAUUCAUGAGGGAGCAGCGAGGGCAGGGUCCGAGGGCAGGGCCCGGGAGCGGUGCUAGGGAGGGCUGUGGCAGUGCUGGAGCAGUCCCUGUGUCCCUGCCAGGCCUCACCGGGUGAUUUUUGUGUGUGUGUGAGGGUGACAGUUCCUGUCCCACACCUCAGAGCUGCUGGAGGGGUUAACCAGAGGUGCCCCUCCUGGGUAUCCCCAGGAACCAGUGGGGUGGAGCUCCCAAACCUCACUGUACCGUGCUGAGCCCUGUCCUGCUCCCAUCAGCAUCCACACAAUCAGUCAGGUCACCCCUCGCCUCCUUCCCAGCUGUUUUAACCUUUCAGGACCUUUCUGUUGAUCAGAACCCUUGGUGCAGGGCGCAGGAAGCUGCAGCACAGCCCGGGUGAGGCUCCAGUAGCAUCCCUGAUGGAACAUCUGUUACCUCAGAUACUCAACCAGCAGGACUGCUUUGCUUUCUCCCCGGUUUGUUUUUUUCAGUCCAUCUCUCCUCGUUACCUCUCGCGUUUGGUGAGCGAUUCCUUUCACUUUCCUCUUUGUAUUUGUCAGUGUUUUGGGCACAGGUUGUUGUACUACUGUCAAAGGGCACUUGCUGCUUUUGUGCAAGUGCCAAAAAAACCAACCAACCCCCCUCGCCCUCAAUAAAGUGAUUGUUAAAUAUUGUACAAAUACAAAUGUAUACUCUGCCCUCUCUUCCCCAGCGGGAAAAUAAAAAAUGUGACUACUCUGACUUGCAAA